GACAAUGGGCAAUAAUCAAGGGGGAUUACACAAAAGAGAGCGUGCUUCGGAUUCUCAACGCCGUCCAAUUCCAUCAACACCGACCUCAACCGUUCCAUCUUCUGGUCAUCAUGCAUUGCAAAGUCAGUCAUCGACUGGUGAUGAUGGUUGUCCUGUUCAAAUGAAAAUAGCUAAAGCAGAGUUGGCUGAUGCUUUGGAGCAUUUAUCGGCAAAUGAAUGCCCUGUUGUUUUUAAAUGGACUUCUCAAUCACAAAAUGCGAAACAUGUUUACUUAACGGGUUCUUGGGACAAUUGGAAAAGAAAAAUUCCACUCGUCAAAUCUACCAACGAUUUCACUACCAUAAUUGAUCUCUGUCCAGGUCGUUAUGAAUAUAAAUUUUUGGUUGACGGUCGUUGGAUGGUUGAUGAUUCUGGUGUUAAAACUGACAAUCCAAUGGGUAGUCAGAAUAAUGUUAUCUCAAUUGACGAACAGGAUUUUGCUGUUUUUGAUGCUUUGGACAAAGACUUACAAGCUAGCAAUGCUGGAGAAGCGAUGCGAAUGAUGAAUACAACUGGAGCUGCACAGCCAACGCAUGACACUCCAAAUGAUCGAGAAUUGGAAAGGUUGCGGGAAUUUACUCAACAACUUCCGGAUAGGCGUGAUUUUGAGAAAGCUUCGAAUCCUCCAAUUUUGCCACCUCAUCUUUUGCAAGUUAUUCUGAACAAAGACACUCCUGUACAAUGCGAUCCAAAUGUUCUGCCUGAACCAAAUCAUGUAAUGCUCAAUCAUCUUUACGCACUUUCCAUUAAGGAUGGCGUUAUGGUAUUGAGUGCAACUCAUCGACAUCGAAAGAAAUAUGUGACAACACUACUUUAUAAACCUAUUUAA